AUGAGUGUUCAUCGACGCGUUAUACUUGAAUCGGAAGAUGAGGAAGAGGGAUCCGCAGAAAGUCAGGAGAUCGCUACUCAGGAAAUCGCCACUCAGGAAUCAGAAGAGCCGGAGUAUGAAGUUAGUGAAUUUAUUUUUAAAUCUUUCAUAUCAAUUUUUAAGGUAGAAGAAAUAAUCAAGCACCGACAUAAUAGAAAAGGCGUUCUUGAAUAUUUUGUCAAGUGGAGAGGCUUCGAACACGAUGACGAUUCGUGGGUUCCCGUGGAAAAUAUGGUUAUUUUGUAUCACUUUAAAAAAAACUACUAUAGUGAAUUUUGAGGCAGACGGUCCUCUUAUUCGGGACUACAAUGAAAAACACGACGUUGGAAAAAAGAAAAGGAGUAGAAGUCGAUCGGCUUACGUGAAUAAAAGCCGGGGAACAAGGGCUGUCAGUAGAGAUCUUACUAGAUCACCUUCUCCGUUGUCUACUAGAGAUCUUUCGCCUGAAGAGGUACAAAAUUAAUAAAAAUUUGUGAAUGAAAUAUUUUUCAGACGCUACCGCAGGCGAAAAAUCGCCGAAGAGCUCUGGAUCCGAAAGCUUCUUAUUUUGAGGUUAGAAAAUUUCGAAGCUUACGUCUGUUAGAAAUAAUAUUUUUUUGAAUUUUUUUGGCGGAUAAAAAGAUAAAAAUUUUUCUAUUCGGCUUCAACUUUUUUAGUGCUUUUUGAGACAUUUUUUUGAAUAUUUGGUUUUUUUGAGUUUAUUUUUUUGAGUUUUUUCUUCAUCAUAUUCAUAAAGUAUCAAAGAAAAAAAUUUUUUUAUUUUUUUCUAAAAAAAUUUGGGACUGCCAUUUUUUUCGUAAUAAAAGUUUGGGACUGCCAAAUUUUUGCAAAAACAAUUUGGGACUGCCAAAUUUUUGCAAUAACAAUUUGGGACUGCCAAUUUUUUGCUAUAAAAUCUUGGGACUGCCAUUUUCAAACUUCACGAAUAUUCAUUAUUCCCAUCUUUAUGAUCACUUGCUGCCCAGUUAAUCCCGAAAAAAAGUUUUCCAGUGUUAAAUUAUUAUUUUUUUAUUCAGAAAAGCCGAGCUCCACUGAUUCGUUUGGCUACUGGGAGGCCUCUAACGCCUCAAAAUUCUUCCAAGGUUUUUUCAAAUUAGAAAAAAGUGUCAAACAAAUUUUUUCAAGGAAUGUACCCCAGAACCGGAGGCUUCAGAAUCAAAUGUGACCACCAGGAAUAAAAAGGAGAAGCGUUACAGAAUUACCCAAAAGGGCGGACGCUAUCAUUAG